AUGAAGUUAAUUUUCCUUGUAUUUUUCUUUGCCCUGGAUGUUUGUUUUGCAAAUCCCGACGCGAAGAGGCUGUAUGAUGAUUUGCUGAGUAACUAUAAUAGACUGAUUCGACCGGUGGACAAAACUAAUAACACUGUACUCGUGAAACUUGGCUUACGAUUGUCACAACUGAUAGAUUUGAAUCUGAAGGAUCAAAUUCUCACCACAAACGUAUGGUUGGAACAUGAAUGGGAAGAUCACAAAUUCAAAUGGGACCCACUGGAAUACGGCGGUGUGACGGAGCUUUAUGUGCCGUCCGAGCACAUUUGGCUGCCGGAUAUCGUGCUGUAUAAUAACGCCGACGGAGAGUACGUGGUGACAACCAUGACAAAGGCUGUACUCCAUUACACCGGCAAGGUCCUGUGGACACCACCCGCCAUUUUUAAGUCUUCCUGUGAGAUCGACGUUCGUUACUUCCCCUUCGAUCAGCAGACCUGCUUUUUGAAGUUUGGAUCAUGGAGUUACGAUGGUGAUCAAGCAAAAGUCGUGGAUCAGCCUCCGGGGAUUGGGACACUCGAGGUCGACUUUUUGGGUCAAAAGCUGCAAAGCUUGUUUCUACGAUGUCCUUCCUUAACGCCUGAGAGUGAUAUUUAA